GUGGUUCUGUUUUGUUGUUGCGAAGACCAGACUCUCUCGGACUCGGAGAUGGUGGACCGUUUAUGGACAGUUCUCUUGCUAGUGUUGUCAUGCAUUGUCAGUUUUUCGUAUGCUAGUCUUGGCGAUAAGGAUCCAAGUUACAGGGCUUGUGUUGGAGAAUGCGAGGUAAGCGGCUGCGUUGGAAAAUUAUGCUUUCCUCAGUGCAAUUCUUCAUCCAACGUUGGUCCAUGGUACACACAAGAGCCUCUUUAUCUACAAUGGCAAAAGUGGGGAUGUCAAGGUGAUUGCCGUUAUCACUGUAUGGUUAAUAGAGAGAAAGAACGUGAAACUCUAGGUCAACCCCCACUCAAGUAUCAUGGUAAAUGGCCUUUCAAACGUCUCCUUGGGAUUCAGGAGCCUGCUUCUGUUGCUUUCUCUGUGCUCAACCUAGCUAUGCAUUUCUAUGGCUGGCUCUCCUUCUUCAUUACACUGUACUAUAAGUUGCCUCUCAAACAAGAUAAGACGGCUUACUAUGAAUACGUUGGUUUGUGGCAUAUCUAUGGUUUCUUGUCCAUGAACUCUUGGUUCUGGAGUGUAGUUUUCCACAGUCGGGAUGUUGAUAUCACAGAGAGGUUGGACUACUCAUCUGCAAUAGCUGUUAUUGGAUUCUCACUCAUUGUAUCCAUCUUAAGAACCUUUGAUAUUCGGGUUGAGGCUACAAGAGUCAUGGUAUCCGCUCCAAUACUAGCUUUUGUCACCACCCACAUAUUGUACAUUAACUUCUACAAACUUGACUAUGGUUGGAACAUGAUUGUGUGUGUGGCCAUGGGAGUAGCUCAGCUUCUCCUAUGGGCAAGAUGGGCUGCAGUCUCUAGACAUCCUUCUAAUUGGAAACUGUGGGUGGUUGUGAUAGCUUCAGGCUUAGCUAUGCUUUUGGAGAUUUAUGACUUUCCUCCAUAUGAAGGCUACUUUGAUGCUCACUCCAUUUGGCACGCUGCCACCAUUCCUCUGACUGUUCUCUGGUGGAGCUUUAUUAGAGACGAUGCUGAGUUCAGAACUUCUAGUCUCCUCAAGAAAUCUAAGACAAAGGCAAAGUAAGUCCACUGACAGAUGCAGAGGUUUCUUGAGUAUUCUUUUCAAUGUCUUUAUUCAGAGCUUUGGUUAAUUGAGAUUUUGAUUUUAGUUUCUCAUCCUUCAUACACAUUGUUGCUAAUCUUUUUGGAUUCAAGACUUUUGUUAAUAUAUUAUGAGAAAAUCUUGUGAUCUAUAUGAUUGUGUUAACAAUUUGUUAUUUUACAUAAGUUGUGUGAAAUUGAA